AUGGUGGGUGAAGCACAGGAAGUGACCGCAGCUACUGCCAGUCUAGUGGAGGUGGCCACGGAGUGUCAGAGGAUCAUCUCAGCUGCCACAGGCGAAUCCUCGGGGACGAAAUACGCCACAGCCAACGGGCAGUGGAGCGAUGGCUUGGUGUCGGCAGCGAAGAUGGUGGCAAGUGCCGUGCAGGAUCUAUCUAAAGCAGCUGACGAAGUGAGCAAAGACCGUAAGUGGUGUCGUUACUACUGA